GAUUGCAAGGAAUAAAUGUUUGAUACCAUUUUUUUUGCUUAAAACUUAAUAAUUUACUGUGCAAUUGAUAUGGCCUUUUUGGACAUUAUCAUGUUUGUUAGGGUAUUAAUUGAAAAAUGUGGUAUAUUCCAGAAAACGGAUAUUCGUUAAACAAAAUGCACAUUCUGGCGUGAAACUUAUUGCUAUGAAAGGUUGUGAUGACAAACGAUCACUAAAGUAUGUUACACAGAUGUUGUCUUCCGUGUACAUUUAUCACUUUAUCUUAAAGCCAUAUUUUAUAUUUGAUAGGAGUUUUUAAAAUCAUUUUACUGCAUUACACGAACAGUUAUCAUAAAGGUUUAUUCCUUUAAAGAAUUUGCUUAACAUAUUCCAUUCAGUGAUGCAUUCUUUUUUAUUUGGAUACACAAUUAAAUAUAUUAUAAUUUGGAUAUGACACUGCCUUUAAACGUGUAAAAUCUACAUGACCCAUUACGAUGCUUGUCGAUCAAUAAUGAUGUGAAUAAAACAUACAUUAUGUGUAUACAACACUUAUCUAGUCUCACUGCUGUUGUUUCUAUACUGUUACUUAAUAAGAAUUCAAUGUGGAAUGUUGAUAGAACUACUGGGAAAAUACCACGAGUGUUUGAAAUACAACGUAGUUAACAAUCAAAUGUUAUAUGUGUUUAUCAUUACAAAAUGGUGGAAAUGGCUUAACAUUAAUAAGAAUUUAAUAUAUGGAAAUAAAAAUCGAUAUUCGAUAGUGAAUAAUGAAGAUGCUGAUGAUUUGCUAGUUUGUCGUCAAUUAAUUAUAAGUUAUAAAAAGGAGUGAGAUUCCAAUUAAUCAAAGGAUUUUGUCAUCUUGGUGAAAAAUAUAGAAAAGUAAAAUAGGUUAAAAAUGAUAUGAAAAAUGGAUUAAGUCAAAGAGGAAGAAUUUAUACGCAUUUCACAUUUACACUCAUUCAAAAUCUACUUUGGAAUGUCAAUAAACAAUUGAAGAAGUUCAAUAGCGGAGGAAGAAAAUGCUUAUUUCUGAAGAGGAAAUCACUUGAGGAUAAUUAUUUAUUUAAUAAACCACACAACUUUUACAUUAAUACGGAAAAGGCUUGUUAACAUGUGACAUAAUUAAGUUUAAUUAGUAAAUAAUCUACAUGUAUCAAUUAAUUACAGAUAUUAUUAUGAGCUUAUUUCGGCAUGGAAAAUAUGUGUAAGACAAAAAGGAUAUGAAUAUUAUAAAUUAAAGCUGGAAAAGAUCGUUUAUAUAACAUGUGUUGUUUUUAAGUGAUUUUUCAUUGAUAAACUUUGUAAAAAGUAUAAGUUGGAAGAAAUUUGAAUAUGUCUGGUUUAUCAGGUAUCGGAGUAUUUUGGGCAUUUUCAUCUUUUAUUUCAUCUGUAAUAUUAUGUGUUGGAUAUUUUGUGCCUUACUGGUUGACUGGAAAGUUACUAAUUCAGCUUAGAGGAAAAUCAGAACAAACCGUGCCUGUACAUUUCGGUAUAUUCCGUAGAUGUAAUUAUCCAACAAUAGAUUCAAAUAAGGAACUUUCUAUUGUACUGGAAUGCGGUAGAUACACGACUUUCAUGGACAUUCCGAGUGUGUCAUGGCAGAUAGCUACUCUUGUAGUUGGGCUUGGAUGUUCGAUCUGCCUUCUUGUAUCACUGACAGCUAUGUUUGGUGUUUGUGUUAAAGGUGUUGUUAUUCCAACGGUGGCACGGACGGCUGGAGUUCUUCAAAUGUGUUCAGGUCUAUUAAUAGGUACAGGUGUUGGCAUAUAUCCGAAAGGUUGGGACAGCCCGGAAGUGAAACAAGCGUGUGGCAACACUUCUAAAUCUUACUAUUAUGGUGACUGUACGUUAUCUUGGUGUUUCUAUAUAACAUGUGCUGGUAUAGGUGUAACCUUGAUAUGUUCAGCUCUCGCUUUUCACUCUCCCAAACGGAAACACGUCGUUCAUGGUUAUGCAAUUUAGACUAUAACCUGAAGUAUUACCAUAAUAGGCCAAAGAGGAAACUGUGAAAGUCGUCCGAGACAGCCAAAUUGAAAAUGUUUUGCUCGGUUUGAUUGAAGGUUCAGAUAUAUACAAUAGUGUAGACAAAACUAUAAUUGUACAUUGAUUUUAUUGUUGAUAAAUUUGUACAAUAAAAAAAAUAUUUUAAAAAAAUAAUCAUUUUAUUGUGUCCCCGGAAAAAGAAGCAAACAGAAUCAAUCCUUACUUUCUUUUUCUAAGAAACUAAGAGGUAUAAAGCCUUAACAAUAACACAACCGUAACAUAAUGAUAAACAACAUAUAUGUUGGAAAGAGCAAAGGUGCAUUUACAGACAUUUAGUUCCGGGACAGAGAACUACUAAGUGGAUAAUAUGUGAUGUGAAUUUACGAGUGUGAAUAAACAACAUAAGCCUAACGUAUAAUUUCUGCAUAUAUUUAUUCAGACAGGCUGAAGAGUUUCGAUAGCUAUGUUUGUGAAUCAAGAUUGAAUAUGCACGUAUAUACUUUUUCAAUAAAUUUGAUUCAGUGACAGAAGAAUAUGGCUGUUUGUUUGUUUCCAUAUUCGUACAAGCAAUACUAUACAUGUGUAUCUAAUAAAUUAAGUAAAAUUGGUAUCGAAAUUGUUUGUAAAUAUCUCUGCAUGGUUUUGAUAAUAAAUCAAUGAAGUCA